GACUUGUCCACGCCGCCUCUUCCCAACCGUCGUUCCCCGCGAGCCAAGCCGUACUCACCCUCCGCCGCUUUUUGCUGUCCUGGCCUCGCCCGAGGCUUCGAUUCAUUUCACCUUGCUGGAUUCAUGGUCAUUUCCUAUCUGCAGCUCUGCACGUCCUCCCGGCAGCAGUAGCUCUUCGACUCACGCCACCGCUCUCCCCUAUACUCAAACGUCAGGCCGUCUUUGAGGUGUUGAGACUUGGUCUCCUCCAUCUGUCACCGUCGCGAUGGAUAACAUGCCGUCUUCCAUCACUAUUCCCGAUCAGCGCCGUCGGCAGCGACCUCAGGCCGAUGCCGGCUCGUCGCCGUCGUCCUACUCGAGCUCCCCAAGCACCCCGGAGCCUUCUUCCAAUGCGUCGUCUCGGGCCGCCCAAAAGCAGAAGAUGCUGCACACUAGGCGGCCGAGUCUACUUAGCUCGGCCUUUGCUAAGCAGGAGUGCACCACCAUCAAGAUUGGUGACGAUCCUGACGGACCCAUGAGGCUGGUCACCUACCUCUCGUCUGGCCAAGGCUUUGUAUGGAACCCUGAGAUUUUCCUCCCAUCGUUCGGCGACUACGACUAUGUACCGCUCGACCAGCGCCGCGACCCGGUGCACGAGAUCUACCUUAGCGACGAAGAGAUUCGCAAGAUGAUGCCGCAAUAAACGAAACGCAAACGAGUGGAACGGACAGACUGUAUCCCAUACAGUUGUAUAUCAGCUCGGUUUCACCGGGAGGGGUUACUGGACCUGUUUCGCUUCACAAGAAGCCUCGAUAUGGCUGAUCGGAGAA